UUUGCGCAUGCGUGCUAACACCAUCGUCUCAGUGUAGUGACAGCUGGUGAUAUUAGCCUUUUGCAAACGUGACGAGCAUAGAACUGGAAGUCAGAAGCCAAGACAGCAAUGUUUAAAAGAAAACUGACCGCCUUAGACUAUCACAGUCCGGGUGCAUUUGACUGCGCAGAUGAGACCCAGUUUAGGAACCUUGUAGUGUGGCUGGAGGACCAAAAGAUACGACACUACAAGAUAGAAGACCGAGGCAGCCUGCGAAACAUCCCUAGCUCAGACUGGCCCAAAGCAUUCCACAGGUACCUGCAGGAUGUCAGCUGUCCAUUCGGCACAUCAGAGAGAGCGGAGGCUGUGGACUGGUUGCUGGGCCUGGCUGUGCGAUAUGAAUAUGGAGACAAUGUUGACAAGUACAGAAACUGUCCACCAAUGGAAGCCUCCAGCGAUAGCCGGGUGACGUCAGACCCUCUCGUUAACCUCGACAGUGACUCGCCGGAUUUCAAGGCGGGUGUGCUCGCCCUGGCCAACAUCCUCAAAAUACAGAGACACGACGAUUACUUGGUGAUGCUCAAGGCUAUUCGCAUCCUUAUCCAAGAAAGACUUUCACCAGAGGCCAUUGCUAAAGCCAGCCAGAAAAGAGAGGGUAUCCCAGUAGCCUUAGAGAAGCACAUCUUGGGUUUUGAUACAGGCGAUGCGACGCUAAACGAAGCAGCUCAAAUCCUACGCCUGCUUCACAUCGAAGAGCUGAGGGAGCUUCAAACAAGGAUCAACGAAGCCAUCGUAGCAGUUCAAGCAGUCAUUGCCGACCCAAAAACAGACCACAGGCUGGGCAAGGUCGGCAGAUGAAGCCCAGGAGGAAGUUGUGCAAGACUGCAAUUAUUAUUUCAAAGCCUGUGGCUGACACCAUUUUUCGUCUGUGUGGCACCUUUUGUGCACAUUGAUAUCUUCCAUUUUAAAAAGACUUUCGUUUAAAAUUGAUACACAUGUUGUGAUUUAGAAAAGGCAGUUAUUGCCAUACUGCAGAUUAGUUUGCCUUUUUUUUUCUCCCCCCCUUUUUCUGCUCUUCCACACAGGUGCAAACUUGAAAAAUAAACAAUGAGUCAGUACCAAAACACAUUUUAUUGUUAUAAAUAUCACAUCUUAUAAACCUAUCUUAUAAAGAGAGAAAUCAGAAAGUGGGGAUUAGGAGACUUUGGUGGUGCAGGGUAUUGGUGGCAUGGAUGGAGCUGCUGCAUUGUGAGAGACAGUGGGAAAUGAGAGAAGCCGUAGUGAUUGUAAUUUGAUUACAUUCCUCAGUUUGGAUGGCUGUUUCCUCCUGCUUCCUGUCCUCAUACUACGCUAAAUUGAGCUCAUCUACUGCUGAAUAGAAACUUGGCUCUUUUAUUUCUUCUACAGGUUGUGUGCAAAGGGUUUACAGCUCUGUUUCUUAAACACAAAUUUUUAAAAUGUGAUAUUACUCUUAGGCUUUGGUGGCUACAAAAACAAACUUGCAUAUAAAAAUUCAUUUGGGGGAAAAAUAUGAGGUACAAAACAAAUGUACAAAACAUUUAAUGUGCGGUUAUAUCUUUAGGAGGGGGGUGGAGGGUCUGAUCCUCGGGAAGGUGGGAGGACUUGACACACACUCGGCUCAAAAAAUGGCCCAAAAACUUUAGCACCAAAGGACCGUGUUGCUGCAAUUCUGCUGUUAAUGGUUCCCUGGAACACAUACACAACAUAUUUUGUAGAAUGUUAAAAGCACAGUAUACAAUUUUCAGAAUGUUUGUAUCAGUAUGACCAGACAGUAGCUACAUGAGUGUUAAGUGCAAGUAUCACCCUUCCCAAGUGACACCCAAAACCUGAAGUGUCUGCGUGGGUUGAACAAUAACAGCUUUUAAGCCAGUGUUUCUAAGCUGUCAUCAAGCUCACAAUUACACCACAAACCAACAUCUUUGAAGCAGGCUGCUGUUAUUACAGCUUUAUGGAGUGUCAAGUACACUUGACAUUUUGUGUGUACUGUAUGUGUAAGGAUUUGGGGUGGACAGGUUAGCAAGGUACUACUUUGGCCAUCAUCCUGUGUUUAGUGUGAUACUUUGUACUUUACAGGUGUUUUACAAAAGGAAAAAGCUGUCAGAGAAUCUUAUGAAUAUAGCACCUUUGUCUAUGCCUAUAAUGUAGAGUAUAAUAAAGCAUAAAACUGGUGGCAACAUCUUAUAUUAUUGGCUCACCUGAUAGGCAGUGGGAUGUUGCUAUGGCGAUUCCAUACAGGUGAGACCUCUGCUCUGGCAAAUAUUCAUCAGUGAGCUUUCCACUGUGUUUAUUGACUGUGAUCACACCGUCCCUGUAAGAAAAGUGUAAGUGGCAAAAUGGUAGCUUUCGUUAGUUGAGAUAGGAUUAAAAUCAGUUGUGGAAAAUGAAAUGAAGAUGCUGACCUCCUCCAGUCAGUGUAAUAGAAGUGGUUUCUGUGGUAAACCAUGCUAAAGGGAUAGUUCAGUCCGGGGUUGAUUACUCUUCGCCCUGAGCCGUCUGGCAAUAUACAUUCUAACCGCUUAGUACCUGACAAAGAGACCAUUUCAAACUAUUAACAGCAAUACACUACAUACCAUUGAUCCCAAAUACAUAUUUAGGAUAUUUUUAUCGCUGAGAAAUGUCCCAUUGGGCCAGAUUUCAUCUGAACAUUGUUUGGGUUACCUGUCCUGCCUCUAAUGUGUUUUAUUUACCUGCAUCGGCCCAGCAGAUUUGCCCAGAAGAAUAGUCAAACGUCAGCGCAUUAGGUAAACCAAUUCCAUCAGAAACCACCACCCGGCGGUUCCGUCCAUCCACUGACGCGGUCUCAAUUUUGGGAGCCUCUCGAUUCCAGUCGGUCCAGUACAGAGAACUGCGAAGGGGCACAGGUUGGAUUGGAGUUUUUGCACUUUAAUAUUUUAUUACAAAUACAUUUAGUUAGUAUUGUAUGCAUAGUAGAGUGACAAGCAUCUCAGUAGUGGAAACAAAAAAAUCAGUAUUUGUGGGAAAUUGUUCAGCAGUGUGUAGGGUUUCAAUUGUGUAUGAAUUUUUCAGUAUUUGUUCUAUAACAUUUUCUUCAGUGUGUGACAAGUUUUCAGUAAUUCAUGCAAGUUUGAAAAAAAGGUUUAGGGUGACCACCUGUUUGGUUUUAGGACGGACACUCAGCCAUUUCAGUGAUGUAUCCGGCGUCCGGCACAACACAUUAGCCGGACGCUAUUUGCCCAGCUUUUAAAGAAAAUGGGCCACGGUUCAGUUUAUGUGUCGCAACUCAGCCCCACCGUUGUCAGAAAUGGUCUGUGAUUGGUC